CCCGCUGCCCUCUCCAGGGGAAGGCCCCCGCUGCCCUCAGUCCACUGGCAUUCUGCUUGUGCUCUUGUGAAUAUGGAGUUCCAAGUCCCCCAAACCUGGACCUGUAUCCCAGCCAGCCAAGGAGCCUUGGGUGGGGUGGGGGGAAACGUCCCUGCCUUGGCAUUGAUGGGUUUUUAAAGCCCCCUUCGUAGAGCAGGUGGAGGAUGAAGGUGUGCUUCAAGCUAAGCCUGGUCAUGGGGCCACCUGUUGGCUUUGUGCCAGGGGCCACCCCUAUGGGGCUGAGCUUUCUAAGGGCUGUCUCCUUGGCACCCAGCUCAGUGCGCUGCUGUCAGACAGGCUUGUCCUCAGGCUGCUUCUUGCUGUGUGAUCUUGGGCUGAGCCUGUGGCUCCUGCAUGAAACAGGGAUGAAUAAUUGAUUCUUCAUGUUGGAAAUACUGCAAAUCAAGAAAAAGGCAGGAGUCCCAACUAGAAAAAUAAUAAAGGCUUUGAACAGGCUAUCAACAAAGGAUGGAAUUAAAAAAGCAAAUCAGCAUAAGAAGUAAAAAAAAACCCAAGAAAUGCAAAUGAAAGAUAGAACUUCAUACACAGUGGACUGCGGUCCUGGGCCAAGCUAAGUACUGACUGACCCUGUAACCCAGCAACUCUGCUCCUGGUCGUAGCCUAAGGUCAUAGGAGGACAUGUACACAGAUGGAGCUGAGAGUGGGCAGAGGCAGCAAAUGCGGCUGUUCUGCUGUCCUCAGCUGAGUACAAAUGCACUGGCUUGAGCACGCAACAGUUAUUCACUUUGUGAAUCUUCCAUUUGUGCAGGGCCCAGUGGGGACAGCUUGUCUGUCCCCCCCACACACACACACACAUACACACAUCAGCUAGCUCAGCUUCCAGAGUGUGGUGACACGAUGUCCAGGGGUUGGAAUCCUCUGGACUUUUGUCCACGUGUUUGCAGUGGGUGCUUGUCAGUUAGGACCUCUGGGCUAGCAGGUGGAUUACGUGAGACCUGUCUCAGCUUCCUGUGGCAUCUGUCACAAAGGGCCACCAACUGGGAGGCUUGAAACAACAGAAAUGUCCUCAGAGUUCUGCAGGCAGGAAGCCAGAAAUCAAGGUGCUGAUAGUGUCGUGCUCCCGCGAAACGCUAGAACAUAAUCUUGUGCCUUUUCCAGCUUAUGGGACCCCUUCUAUCCUUGGCUCGUAGCUGCAUCACUGCAGUCUUGGUCAUCAUACGCCUUCUCCCCUGUGUGUCUGUGUCUGAGCUUUCCUCUUAUAAGGACACCAGUCACACUGGACUUGGGGCCACCCUAUCCAGUAUGACUUCAUGCUCACUUGAUCACAUCUACAAAGACUUUAUUUCCAAAUAAGCUAACAUUCCCAGGUUUCAGGUGGACAUGAAUUCUGGGGACAUUUGCUCAGCCCAGUGCAAGGCCUCUCCAUGUGGCUUCUAACUUCCUGACAGUAUGGUGGCUAGUUUCCAAGACUGAGCAUCUCAAGAUAACAAGGAACUUUGACUUAACCUGGGAAGCUACUCGAUGUCACUUCCAUUCUAUGGGUGGAGACAGGUGCAAAGACCCACCCAGGUUCAAGGUCACACUGAGGAAAAGCCAUGACCCUGGGGCACAGACAGCAACGGAAUGGAUGCCACACUAUUGAGUGCAGGACAGGUACAGAGCAGAGCACCAUCCACACAGACUUGAAAAUAACACACACAAUUCUGCACACGCAACAGGAACGUGUACGGAGGGUGCACGUAGACGCACAAUCCUGCAGUCGGCAGGAAGGUACCUCAUCCCACCUCAAAGACCCACCCCUGUGAUGCUCUCAGGGACGGGCGACUGAGAGCUACACGAGUCCAGGAAGCGAAGCCCAAGGGAACAGACCUCGAGGUCGCCUCGCCAACACUGAGGCGUUUAGUUUAAUCCACGACCAAACGCAAUCCUUGCGCCCACCUUGACGCUGGCCCCUCCCUACCAGAAGGUGGCUCCGCCCCACCCUUAAUCGGACAAUCCCCAUAGGACACCUGAAGGGCCCCGCCCCGCCAGAGGGUAGCCCCGCCCCACCAGGAGGUGACCCCGCCCCGCGUCCCGGCUUCUAGCCGGGCGGAACCACCAGGAGCUUCGGCUCCUGCUUCCCCGGUGGCCUGGCGCUCCCGAGACGGCGGGGCGCGGCCGCUCCGAGCCUCGGUGGCCGCCUCGGUGGGAGGGGCUGCUGGGACACAGCCAUUCACCGAGCGCCCACUGUGUGUCCGCGGUAUUAGCCGUGAACAGCACCGGCGCCGCGGGGACAGGUGCAUCGCGCGGGUGCGCGGCAGGACAGGACCGCUGAGAUGCUCCCUGGCCGUCACCGGGCCCCACCCCUCGGGAACUUGCGCGGCCACGCCUUCGGGCAGGCUCGCGUUCGCCGAGGGGCCGGUGUCCGGUGCAAGCCCCGCCCCUUGCGUCACGGCCAAGGCCGAUGGGCGGAGCCGGCUCACGGCGGAAGCGUCCUGCUGAGGAAGAGGCCGGAGUAGAGUUGGGCGCUUAGGGACCGCUGGGGACAGACAGGAUGGGCAGCAGCUCUCUGUCCGAGGACUACCGCCUGUGCCUGGAGCGCGAGUUGCGGCGCGGCCGCGCGGGCGUGUGCGGGGACCCGUCGCUGCGCGCCGUGCUCUGGCAGAUCCUGGUGGAAGACUUCGACCUGCACGGGGCGCUGCAGGACGACGCGCUGGCGCUGCUCACUGACGGCCUGUGGGGCCGCGCCGACCUGGCCCCCGCGCUGCGCGGCCUGGCCCGAGCCUUCGAGCUGCUGGAGCUGGCCGCCGUGCACCUGUACCUGUUGCCCUGGAGGAAGGAGUUCACCACCAUCAAGACCUUCUCUGGGGGCUACGUGCACGUGCUGAAGGGUGCCCUGUCGGAGGACCUCCUCAUCCAGAGCUUCCAGAAGAUGGGCUACGUGCCCAGGGAUAGCCACCGCCUCAUGGUGACCGCCCCACCCCCUGCCUGCCAGCUGCUGCAGGUGGCCCUGGGCUGCUUUGCCCUGCGGCUGGAGUGUGACAUUCUGGGUGAGGUGCUGGCCCAGCUGGGCACCAGUGUGCUUCCGGCUGAGGAGCUGCUGCAGGCCAGGCGAGGCAGCGUGGACGUGGCCUCCUGUGUGGCCUGGCUGCAGCAGCGGCUGGCCCUCCCGCCCCAGAGCCCACCGGCUCUGUUCCGGGCCCAGCUGGACCUGUACCGGGGCCUGCAGGAGGACGAGGGCCCGGAAGAGCCCAGCCUGUAUGGAGAGCCCUGUCCAGCCCCCAGCUCGCCUCCCUUGGAGCUGGCUUGCCGGCCUCUUCCGUGGGAGCAGAGUGCCAAACUGUGGGGUGUGGGGGCCGAGGCCUGGGAGCCCCUGGCAGAGGCUGCAGUGUCGCAGGCCAGCAGUCCGCCCUAUGAGGCUUUGGAAGAGGAGCUGGAGCCUGAGGCCUUCUCCUCCCUCUCGCUGCACCGAGAGCUGCUGAGUCGGCCUGGGGACCUGGCUGCUCCCAAGACCCCUGGGAGCCCUGGGCGGGCCAGCCCCCAGCACAUGCACGGGCCCCGCCCUGAGCCCCCUGGAUACCAGGCACAUAGCUGUCUGGCCCCUGGGGCCCUGCCUGCCCUCAGCUGUGACACGUGUCGCCAGCUGCACGCUGCCCACUGUGCCGCCUUGCGUACCUGCCGUCUGGGCCACAUGCUGCGUGCACUGCUUGGAGACACCCAACGGCGCCUGUGGCUGCGGCGGGCACAGGUGGACACCCUGCUCUAUGACAGCCCUGGGGCCCGGCCCUAGGCCCAGCCAGGCUCCCCGGCCAAGGGCUUUCCCCUCCGUUUCCGUGGUGCUUCUCUGGGCUUGUCCCUCCUCGGGCCCUGCCCUCAGCGCCCAGGCCCAGGCCCGAACGUGCUGGGUGGAGGAGUCUAGCCUGUGUGUCCAUGUCAGGCACCUAACCUGUCCCCAUGAAGGUCCCUCAGCCUCCUUGUACCCCUUCCCCACCCCUUAUAGGGCCCAGUGAUCAGCCUGUAGCUGCUGACCUGCUCCCUGCAGGCUAUGAUUGGGGACACGCUGUCUCCCUCCAAGUGUCCAGGGGGACCUGGAGGUGACACUGAGCCCCUGGGCUCUGUCAGGUGCAUGGCUGCAUGGCUGACCUGUCACAGGCUAGCCCUGAAAAGAAGACUGGCUGGAGACGGCCCCACAGGCCCAGGUCCCAGCUGUGCAGGGGAAGCCCGGCCCAGGGAUAGAGGGAUGACCUGACGGCAAACCCGAGUGAGGAGGCGCCUAAGUUCUGGAGAACGGUGGCAGACUCAGUGUCACUGCACUCUGGGCCCCCACCACCCGGAAACCCCCUGCCCUGCCCGAGGUGCAGGCUUUGCAGGGCGGGGUCACUUCUUACAGGCUGCCCACCAGAGCCCACCCCAGGUCCAAUGAUAAAAACUGGCCGAACUCCCAAAUAGCCACCAAGGCCAAGGCAGGCAGGUGCAGCCCCCUCCUCGCUGGGGCGUUGGGUCCCAGGGACCACUAGCUCAGAAUGGAUGGGGGAUGUGCCUGCCUGGGCCUUUGGGGCAGGUGCCAUAUCCUGUGCUGCUCUCCUCCCCAGGCACCGUCCCAGUCUGUCCACCCCACCUCCAUCCUUCCCAGCACACGUAUCACAGGACAGAACCUCAAGUACAUUAAAGGACACGGAACUU